GUGGGGCUGGGGAACGUUUCGCUUCUCUGUGUAUGUGCGUGUAUUCGUGUCGUGAUAAAGUGCAUUUCGUAUAUGUCAAAAUCAUUGUUGUUUCGCCGUGUUUGAUAAAUGGCGUUCAAUUUUGCAGGCUGAAGAAAAGUGAAUAUUUUGCACUGAAAAGUCGAACCAAAUCGCGACCGGCCUGUAGGCGGUGGAGAAAAACGACAUUCCCGUCACGAUGGAGCUCGUGAAGGAACGAUUCUGGAUGUUGAUCCAGCGCGAUGUUGGCCUCAUUCCGGAGCACAUGAUGAACAUAUUGGACUUUUGUGGCUAUUCGGCAAACUGUGCCCUGGAAGCGAUUAAUGACGAGAAACUGAAGAUAAUCGAGCGGGAAGCGAAAGAAAUCCCACAAAUAUUGCGCAUUUCGGCCAGCGACGAAGAACAAAUGAAAAAGUAUUUCGGCAAAUUUUAUCGCAAUCCACAAAACUUCCACAUACUGAGCGGUGAAGCGCAGCAAAUCAAAAUGAUUGGCGUUUAUCUGCGUCAAAAGGGCAUCGGUAGCUAUCUGAAACUAGACGAACUGACCCGGAUGCGGGAGCGACGUCGCAAGGAGGUGACCACUGCCGUGGACACAAGCGGAGGAACCCUGGAAGAGCAAGGUCGCUUGCUGGCCGAGCGCAUUCAUACCUUUUACUUUAAUCGAUGUGAUGGAUCGCCUACGAAUGUGGAAUUUUGCAACAUGGUCAGUUCGGUGCAGGUUUCAGUCGAAAUUGGGGAAGAUGGUAACCUGGUUGGGUACGUCGUUUGUCCGCUGUGCCAAUCGGAGAAAAAACUACGAGUUUCUCAGGAUAGAACCGGUCAUUGGGUGCUGGCAAACAUUGUGUCGCAUAUGAAUCGACACCUCGCAACGAUGUGCAAUCCUAGCCAAAACCAGUCCGAAGAUUCUAACUCAGCCAAGAAGGUUAAGCUGGAACCGCUGGAUUUGGACGAUUCUUCCUCCUCCCAGUACGGAGCCAAUCCAUAUGGUUUUACGAUGAGUAUGAGCUAAACUGAAAAGGACUGCAAUUAUUAGUGCGUAAGUACCACCUACGUUUACAAUUCUAGUUAAACUCAGACUGCCUAGGUAGUGUGAAUCAGUAUUCCAUUAAUAUAAACAUAUUCCAUAUUCAA